UCAAAAUUAACUGCUCCCAAGGCGCCGCUGAAUCGACAUUGCCGUGUCUGUUUAUUGUACAUUGCCACUUGAAUUUAUCCAUAGAGGCCUCGUACCAAACAAGCACCGCCAUGUCGCUCGAGAAGAUCACGACCAUCUCUCCCAUCACCAACAAGCCAAUCGUCACACGCAAUGGCCUCUCAGAUGCUGAUUUGCAGUCUCUCCCUGAGACGGCUGCUACGGCAUUUGAGUCCUAUCGACGCACGCCACUCUCUGAGAGGCAGGCUAUUGUUAAGAAGGCCUUGAAGCUGCUAAAUGAGCGCCAAGAUGUUUUGGGUAAAGAGAUCACAGAACAGAUGGGUCGCCCCAUCGCCUAUACUGCCAAGGAGGUCAGCACGGCGGUUAUGCGCGGCGAGUACCUGCUCAAGAUUAGCGAUGAGACGCUCAAGGAUACGGACGGCGAACCAGAGAAGGGCUUCAAACGCUACAUUAAGAAAGUCCCGCUGGGUCCCGUAUUGAUUCUAUUUCCGUGGAAUUACCCAUAUCUGACCCUCAUCAACUCGCUAGUGCCUGCUCUGCUUGCAGGAAAUUCCGUCAUUUUGAAGCCAUCGCCACAGACGCCAACGAGUGCCGAGCAGAUUCAGCAGAUCUUCAAGGAGGCUGGCCUUCCUGAUGGUGUGCUUCAAAUCUUUCACUGUGGAUCUGUCACCCAGAUUGAGUCAAUUGCACGAUCACUAAAGAUUCAGCUUGUUUGCUUCACCGGAUCAGUAGCCAAUGGUCUCGCCAUUCAGCAAGCUGCAAAUGACAGGGUUCCACUCCGAAUAGGCCUUGAGCUAGGAGGCAAGGACCCCGCUUAUGUUCGUUCUGACGUUGACGUCAAAUGGGCUGCUGAAGAGCUCGUAGAUGGCGCAGUCUUCAACUCAGGCCAGAGUUGCUGCAGUGUCGAGAGGAUCUACGUGGACGAGAAAAUUCACGAUGAGUUUGUAUCAGCACUCCAAGAGGUACUUAAGGGAUACAGGCUCGGCGAUCCGUUUGACAAGAACACGCAUGUUGGCCCCGUGGUCUCUAAGAGAUCUGCAGAGACUAUUCGUGAGCACGUCAAAGACGCCCUGGAAAAGGGAGCCAAGGAUGCUACCCCAGAAAAUGCAACAUUCCAGAACCCACCCGCAGACGGCAACUAUGUCGCUCCGACCCUGCUGACAAACGUCAACCACGAGAUGGUAGUGAUGACUGAGGAAACAUUUGGCCCUGUUAUUCCGGUUAUGAAGGUCAAGAAUGACACAGAAGCAAUCAAGCUCAUGAAUGAUAGCCAAUUUGGACUUACAGCUAGCAUUUGGACCAAGGAUGUUAACAAAGGCCAUGAACUCGCCGAUGAUGUUGAAGCUGGUACCGUCUUUGUCAAUCGAUGCGAUUACCCCGCACCGGACUUGGCAUGGGUUGGCUGGAAAGACUCUGGCCGAGGUCAGACUCUCAGCAGGUUCGGCUUCGACCAAUUCGUUAAGCUCAAGAGCUACCAUGUCAAAGACUACCCGAAAUAGAUGCAGCAUCCAAGGCACGUUACAGGCCUGUUGUCUGUCUAGAGUGCUUGCCGCUGAGAUUACAUUUAGUAUUGCCAUAGGUAUGCUUCAAUGCAAUCGACCUCGCAGGAAAAUUACUAAACACCACUCACAACUUUGGACCAGCGUGAGGAUGAUUUCAAGUGAACUGACGGCCACCACAUUGUUAGCAUUGUCGUUUCAAGAGCACAGAUACAAAUGCUCCGAUCAGAACCUAGUAGCAAUGUGUUCUUGCGUGCAAUCACGUGAACAUGCAUCUUGAAACAACAGUACUUUGUUGAGAAUCUUAUGUGCCUACUAGCGCCUUAACAG